ACAAAAGCAAAGCCAAGAGGGGAAGUAGUGAAAGAGGAAAUAAGACCUCUACAACUCACCCCUUCAAGAAGGAAAUAGGGCAUUGCCCGAUCCAAGAAAAAGACAAAAAAUGUCAAGAAUCUUCAAUCAAACAGGCACCUCCAGUAGCCUUCUCUAUUAUUCUUCGACGUCAGCAGCUACAAGCGCACGUCAACCUUCUCUCUUCUUCUUCGACGUCAGCAGCUACCAGCGCACGUCAAUUUCUCUUUUCUUCAACGAUGUCAGCAGCUAACAGUGCAUGUCAGAAUUCUCUCUUCUCCAACGACGUCAGCAGCCACCGGCGCACGUCAGACUUCUCUCUUCUCCAACGACGUCAGCAGCCACCGGCGCAUGUCAAAUUUCUCUCCAUUCAAAGUUUCCAGUUUCAAGCUAGUGUCCAAGCUUCCUCUUGCUUCAGCCUGAGUUCAGCUUGAGGGGGGAUGUUAGACAAUAAUAAUAGUAUUACUUGUGGUAGUAUUGGUUGUGGUAGUGUUUCAUUAUUAGUCAGCUUCCUAAUCCUAUUUGUGGUAGAUGUUCUCUGCCGCAGCAAGGACCCUCUUAACUUCAGAAGGCGACUUUGCCGCGGAGAGCUGUGGCAGUUGUGGUGGCUCCGGUGAUGAUGACGAUAAUGGUGGUUUCGGAGGAGAUAAUGGAUAUGGGGGUGAUUAUGAUGCCGGUAGGGGAAAUGGAGGGAAUGGAGGUGGCGGUGGAGGAGGGGGGUAUGGCGGAGGAUAUGGGAGUGGUGGUGGUCGAGGAGGCGCGGGGUACGGCGGUGGGUAUGGAGGAGGGGGUGGUGGCGGCAGCGAAAACCAUUUGUAUAUUGCAAUGGCAAAACACACACCGGAUCGUUGUGUACUGUACUUUCUCCUUCUGAGCUACGGAAUAUGUUGCGUGGCUAGCAGAUCCAUCUUAACUUUCAUUGAUCACGGGGGAGCUGGUGGCGGGGGAGACGUCGGAGCCGACGUUGGAGUCGGAGUUGGUGCAAACGUCGGUGCUAACGUUGGCGUCGGAGGCGGACUUGGUGGCGGCGCGGGAGGCGACGUAGGAGGAGGUGGCCCCGGGUUAGGUGGAAGAGGGGUCGGCCAUGGUGGUGCUGGUGUUGGAGCUGGAGUUGGCGCCGGUGUCAAUGUAGGGGCUCAGGUCAAUGCAAAAGCACAUGGAGGGCUAGGCGGCGGAGGUCGUCUCGGUAGAGAUGGAUGGCCAUACUAUGGUGGUGGUGCGGGUAAUUCAAGAGCUGCCAGAGCAGGCGACGGAGGAGCGCUGGUAGGUGCAGGAGGGGAAAAUGUAGGAGGAUCGUCUACAAGCGGAGGUGGCAAUGGAGGAGGAUCCUCCUCGGGGUCCGGAGCUAGUGGUGGAUCAAGUGGAGGCGGAGAUGGAGGAUCAUCCACGAGUUCGGGAGAAUCAGCUAGUUCAAAAAGCAACGAGGGAUCGUCUGCUAGUGCUGGUGCCAACAAAGGGUCCUCUUCGGGAUCUAAAAGCAGCAGUGGAUCAAGUGUAGGAAGAAAAGGAGGGGCCUCCGCCAGUUCAAAAAGCAGCGGAGGAUCAUCCUCUAACGGUGGCGGUAGCGAAGGUUCCUCCUCAGGCUCUGCAAGUGGUAGUGGUGGAUCAAGUGAGGGAGAAAAAGGAGAAACCUCUAGUGGUUCAAAGAGCAGUGGAGGAUCAACAGUUAGUGGUAGCAACAAAGGGUCCUCCUCAGGGAGUAGCAGUGGAUCAAGUGAAGGAGGAACAAUAGGAUCCUCCACUCAUUCAAAAAGUAGUUCAGAGUCAUCAUCCUCUAGUUCAAAAAGUAGUUCAGAAUCAUCAUCCGCUGGUUCCAAAAGCAGCAGAGAAUCAUCGUCCGCGAGUUCAAAAAAUAGCAAAGAAUCAUCCACCGGUUCAAAGAGUAGCGGAGAAUCAUCCGCAGGGUCAGGAACCAACGUUGGAUCAAGUGGAAGAAAAUCAGAAUCCUCAACCAAUUCAAAGAGUAGUGGAGGAUCAUCAACUAGUAGUAGUUCCAAAGAAGGAUCCACCUCUACUAGUAACGGAGGAUCCUCCUCGAAGAAGUCAGGAAGCAGUAGUGGAUCAAGUGAAGGAGGAAAAACAGGAGCUUCUACUAGUUCAAAAAGCAGCAAAGGGUCAUCCACUAGUGGUGGUGGUGGUGGGAAUGGAGGAUCCUCGUCAAAGUCUGAAGGCAGCGGUGGAUCAAGAUCUUCCUCGGCAUCUGGAGGCAGCAGUGGAUCAAGUGAAGGAGGGAAAACAGGAGCCUCUGCAAGUUCAAAAAGUAGCAGAGGAUCAUCAACUAGUGGUAAUAGUAAGGGAGGAUCCUCCUCAGGGUCUGGAGCCAGUAAUGAAUCAAGUGAAGGAGAAAAGAAAGGAGCAUCUACAAGCUCAAAAAGCAGUGGAGGAUCAUCUUCGAGUGCAGGUGACAACAAAGAAUCCUCCACGGGGUCCUCAAAGAGUAGCGGAGGAUCGUCUACUAGUGGUAGCAGCAGUGGAGGAUCUUCUUCGGGGUCUGAAGGAGAAGGAUCAAGUGGAGGAAAAACAGGAGCCUCUGCAAGUUCAAAGAGUAGCGGAGGAUCGUCUACUAUUGGUAGCAGCAGUGGAGGAUCUUCUUCGGGGUCUGGAGGAGGAGGAGGAGGAUCAAGUGGAGGAAAAACAGGAGCCUCUGCAAGUUCAAAGAGUAGCGGAGGAUCGUCUACUAUUGGUAGCAGCAGUGGAGGAUCUUCUUCGGGGUCUGGAGGAGGAGGAGGAGGAUCAAGUGGAGGAAAAACAGGAGCCUCUGCAAGUUCAAAAAGUAGUGGAGAAUCGUCCGCCAGUGGUGGUGGCAACAAAGGAUCCUCCUCACAGUCGGGAAGCGAAGAUGGAGGAAAAACAAGUGCCUCUACUAAUUCAAAAAGUGGUGGAGGAUCUUCUACAAGUGGUGGUGGUAACAAUGGAUCAUCCUCGGGGUUUGGAGGCGGUAGUGGAUCAAAUGAAGAAGGAUCCUCUACUAGUUCAAUAAGCACCGGAGGAUCAUCUACUAGUGGCGGAAACAAUGGAGGAUCAUCCACUACGUCCGGAGGCCAAGCAGAAACCUCUGCAAAAUCCAAAAGUAGCGGAGGAUCGUCUACUAGUGCUAGCAGCAAUGGAGAUGCAGGAGAUGGAGGAGGGAGUACAAGGUCUGGAGGAAGCAGUGGAUCCGACACAUCCUCAGUUAGUUCAGGAGGAGGUGAAGGAACCUCUUCAAAUGCUGGAGACUCGGGAAAAUCGUCCACCAGUUCAGGACACAUCAACGGAUCAAGUGGGAGCGGAAAUGGAAAAGCCUCGUCCAUUUCUAGCAACGGGGGGGAAUCAUCUGGUACUAAAGGAGGCGUGCAAACAGCUGCAAAUGCUGGAGGUGGUGGAGGAGCUGGUGCCGGAGUAGACGGAGGAGUAUCUGUAGGAGGAGGAGCUAACGUCGGGGUCGGUGUUGGAGUUGGUGGCCAUGGUGGUGUAGGGGGAGACGGGGGACUCGGUGGUGGUAACGGAGGAGGUGGCGGCAACGCUGGUGGCGGUGCCGGAGUGGGUGCCGAUGUAGGUGUAAGAGGUGGAGCAAACGUGGGUGUAGGCGCGGGACUUGGCGGUCGCGGUGGUGUUGGGGGAGACGGAGGACUUGGUGGUGGUGAUGGAGUAGCUGGCGGCCAUGGUGGUGCCGGGGGCGGUGCCGGAGUAGGUGCCGAUGUAGGUGUAGGAGGUGGAGCAAAUGUGGGGGUAGGUGCAGGACUCGGAGGCCGCGGCGGGUUAGGGGGAGACGGAGGACUUGGCAGUGGGAACGGAGUAGGUGGUGGCCACGGUGGUGCUGGGGGCGGUGCCGGAGUAGGUGCGGAUGUAGGUGUAGGAGGUAGAGCAAAUGUGGGGGUAGGUGCGGGACUCAGAGGCCGCGGUGGGUUAGGGGGAGAUGGAGGGCUUGGUGGUGGGAAGGGAGUAGGUGGUGGCCACGGUGGUGCUGGUGGCGGUGCCGGGGGCGGUGCCGGAGUAGGUGCCGAUGUAGGUGUAGGAGCUGGAGCAAACGUGGGGGUAGGCGCGGGACUCGGAGGCCGCGGUGGUGUAGGGGGAGACGGAGGACUUGGUGGUGGUAACGGAGUAGCCGGUGGCCACGGCGGCGCAGGAGGAGGAGCGGGCGCUGAUGUAGGUGUAGGGGGUGGAGCAAACGUGUUUGUUGGCGGAGGCGCCCACAAAUACGGAUAUGUGGGCGGCGGAGGUGAUCUCGGUGGUGGUGAUGCCCGUCACCCAUAUCUUCCCUAAAAAUUCCAAAUCAGUUUCAGCAACGAGUAAUACGGAGUACUAAAUUACAGUAGUUGGUUAAUUUUCUUCUUUCUUUUCAAAUUAGUAAAGGGGAUUCCCCGCG